AUGUCCCGAACGCCACCAUCUCUAGAAUAUCUGGUCAUUUACAACAAAAAUCUUCCUGCGCCACCAGAUGUCUCCAAAGAUGAUGAUGAUGCACAAGAGGAGGCACAUAUUCUGUUCUAUACUUGUCGUCCGGGCGGCGUGAAGCGCGACAAGAUGCUCCGGCAGGUCGGAUUGGCCAAAGCGUUGAUCAGUUUCUCUAUGACGUUUACAGAUGGCAGAGCAGAAGCCUGCGAGGUUGUUCGCUCUGCUAGAACAAAGCUCAUCAUGUUCUCUCCCGAGAAGGAUUACUGGUUACUCGCCUGUGUUAAUGUUGCCUUUACUGAGCGAAAAGAAAAGGAUGGAGCCUCAAAGAAAGAGUAUCAUGAAUCCUCUGUGCACGAUUCAGCUCUCAGGACAGCCAUUUCGAGGGCAUAUCACGAAUUCAAGCUCCUCCAUGGCACAUUCUCUCUACUCUUAAGCAAGAGUCGUGCGUCUCUUGAAAGACAUUUGGAGCGAUUCUUCACCGAGUGGGCGUGGAAGUGGGAUAUUGAACAGCCACCCGACUUUGUACGACAUCUCGGUACUCCACAAUCCGCCUACACCAAACACUUGACGCCUCUUCUUGACGAUGUCAAGCCCUUACUACCCGAGAGAACUCCCAUAUUGCUGCUCUCGUCAGAUUGUAUAUUGGCGUCUUCCCCGGAUCCUGCAUCCUCUCUUCACUCAACAACCUUGCCUGCACAUCUAAUGCACCAUAUUCCUCCAUACGAAGCCCCACCACCGCCGCCAGUAGAACAGUCGUCCAAUUCCAAAAACCCAACGACCAAAAGUUCGACUGGAAACCGUGACGGGGAUGGUGGAAAUGCAGUUGCACAAGCCCAAGCUACUGGCACGAAUUCGACAGCAAAUUUUCUUCCUUCCAUGCCAAAGAUGAAGAAAUGGACCGGAUACUUUACCUUCGGUGGCAGAAGUGAGACAAGUAGUCCUGCACCCUCCGCAAAGGAGAUCUUCAAGGACCAUCCAGCUGACCCGAGUGCGAACGGGACUCUGAAACGUCCAGACAUUGUUUCAUCCACCAAUAGCGAUGUUAUCGACACGACCCCGUCUGUGAAUCAGGAGGUGGAUCGGCAGUCGCUUGCAGAAGCUCUGGAACAGGCUGAUGCCCCAGCCAAUGGGCCAUUAGAGAGUAGUGCUGUCUCUGAAGCAGUCAAGGACACUACAGAACCAUCUGGAGGGACCUCACAUAUUCCAAUCGUCUCCCCAACAUUGGGAUAUUUGACCAGUGCUGCAGGAGGACUUCUCGAAGCUAUGCAUUUUGGGUCUCCCAAGUCGAAACCGAUAGAAGACACUAAACCGUCCUCUUCCUCGUCUCUCGCUUCGGCAUCAGAGGGUGACACAGCUUCGCCUGUGCCAAAACCGGAAGUAGACGAAGCUUUGACUACUCCACAUGUCGAAGUGGUCAAUGUGGACGACAAGGAUGAUGAAAAUGACGAAGAGGACGAGGUCAAGACAGACGUAUCUGUCGAAGAGCGAGGACGGCGAGAGGAAUUAACACUGGCCGAAAAGUCAUUGCAAAAAGUUCUCUCCCGCGCGAGUUCGCCUGCGCCACGAAGACAGGAGACCGUUGAUCUCAUCACCAAUUCAACAAGCGAUGGCAUCUCGGAGCCGAAAGAAGAGACGAGGUUGCGGUCAUCGACGGUUUCAACGACCCAUAGCGAAGUUGACGAUGAUAUGAUGAAGAGCACGGCAACCAUUAGGCCAAGCGUCAAGCUUUUACCACCCGAAGCGUUCUUUGUCCCAUUGAGUGUGUACCUGGAAGACGAGGACACAAACGAGCUUUUGAUUCGUCGGGUCUAUCACAUGUCGUUUUUCGGCCUGAUGCUGGCGAUUAUCAUGCCCAAGAACCCAGAAAUGCCUGGUGAUUCAAGUAUUCAAUCGCCUGCGAGUCCUAUAUCCAUCAUAACGUCUCGUUCACGUCGCUUUGCUUCUUCGUCAUAUGAUGAUGAGGAACCUGCAGCGAGAGCCGUAUUCGAGGUGAUCGAGGGUCUCGGCUAUCCUGCAUAUGUCGACCUACCUCAUGGUAUCGAAUACAAAGUUGUCGAGCUGCUCAAGGCUGCACGGGCGGUCCUGGAUAGGCAUGAGGGCGAAAGAAGCCAUGCGUCCACGAUCACAAAGGCAUCGAGCUCAGGAUUAUUCUCUACCGCCGCUGCUCCCUCUUCAACGCACACCGCACUCAGAAAUUUCGCAAUUGUCUGGGAUGACAAGCGAAACGAAGGCGCAGAGGCAGAAGUGGGACCUGUACUAGCUACUGUGGAUUUCAACAGCACAGCAGGGUGGUUGUUCGAGAAUCAGGCGAUUCUACGGCGGGAAGACACGAUACUCGAGCAAUUUUCGCGAACGACGACUUCGCAGAGCUGGUAUAUCAGCAAGCGACUUCCUCCUUCGAGUGGUUCCCGCUCUUCGUCGAAUUCUGCCUCACCUCUUCCCGCCAGCCAUGCGACACAACGACCCAGAGGAGAUAGGGAGAUUCAUCUCGAGAUUUGCAAAGAGUCGAGUCUCGUUGACGUAGACAAUGACCUCGCAUCAAUCGAUAACGACAUGUGUCUCGGAGAUGCAAGGGACGAUGAGGACGUACGCCAUAUGCCACUCUCUUAUGUCUUUGGCUGGCAUAUGUAA